AUGGAGAAAUUAUUAUAGAUCUCAUAAGAAGUAAGAGAAGCACUUGAGAAGGGUCAAGCAGUAGUGGCAUUAGAGUCAACAAUAAUAACACAUGGAAUGGAAUAUCCAACAAAUGUUUAGACAGCUUUGGGAGUUGAGGAAGAAAUUAGAAAUAAAGGAGCUAUUCCUGCAACAAUUAUUGUCACAAAAGGAAUACUUAGAGUUGGUUUAACAUAAGAUGAGAUUGAAGAGAUAGGAAAGAAUAAACAUUAAUACUAGAAAUGUUCAAGAAGAGACUUAGCCUAAAUAAUUGCAUAAAAAGGAUAUGGAAGUACAACUGUGGCAGCCACAAUGAUGAUUGCUCAUAUGGCUGGAAUAAAAGUAUUUGUUACUGGAGGAAUUGGAGGAGUACAUAGAGGAGCAGAACAUACUUUUGAUAUAUCUGCAGAUUUGGUUGAAUUGGGAUAAACUCCAGUGGCAGUAGUAUGUGCAGGUGCUAAAUCUAUUUUAGAUAUUCCAAAAACAUUAGAAUAUUUAGAAACAUAAGGAGUACCUGUAGUUGGAUAUAAAACUAAACAUUUUCCAAAUUUUUUUACUCCUGAUUCAGGUUUAUUAUGUAGUACAUUUGUGAAUUCUAGUCAAGAAGCUAGUGAAUUAAUUAAAGCAUAAUUUGAUAUAUUGAAACUCAAGAAUGGAAUUCUCUUUUGUGUACCAGUACCAUAAGAUUAAGCAGCAGAUGGUUAAAUUGUUUAAUAAGCUAUUGAUAAAGUAUUAUUUCAUUCUAAAAUAGGCACUUAAAGAAAUGGAUGAAUAGAAUGUAAAUGGAGCUUUAGUUACACCAUUUCUAUUGAAAAGAGUUAAUGAAAUUACUGAUGGGAUGAGUUCAAAAUCUAAUGUUGCCUUAAUUAGAAACAAUGCAAGAGUUGGAGCUGAAAUUGCUAUUUAAUUAUGUUAAAAAUGAUU